AUCUACAAGAUCAUUUCCGCCCAGCUUGUAUUUAGUGUUUUGAUUUUUGUUCCAAUGUGUAAGACAGAUGAACCUGAUUAACAAAUUCAUUUGAAUCACAGGUCUCUGCUGCCUAAAGGAUACCACAUUUAAAACUGAAAUAAUUCCUCCUUAUAAUUCAGGACUGUAAAGAAGUUCUGUAUCCACAUUGAAGGGCGAAAUCUGAGAAGUCAAUAUUAGAUAUCUAAAUGUAGAAGUAUACAGUAAAUGAAAAAGGGGAUAGAAACAUCAAAACCGAAAGAUCUUGAUUACAGUUGUGAAAGUAAAAAUAAAAAGCCAAACAUUACAUAUAUUACAUUGUAAUGGAUUUAACAAUUAUAUCUGUCAUACAGCUGAAAUCUGUAUGCUUCUUUUUUUAUAUAGGUGUGCCAAGAAAAGAAAGAAAAUGAUUAAAAGAAAAUGGCUUCUCUGAUCCUGAUGACCCCCAUUGUUUGUUUCUUCAUUCUCAGUCUUAAAUACUUGGAUGGCUUCUUGCAAAAAUGAUGCAGUACUUAACUUGGCAGUGAAAUUCUACAUUCAUUCCCUGGCUACCAGGUCUUUUCUUUUUACUUAUGAUGAUCCUCUCCAUCAUCCAUGGUUUGGAAGACAUUGCCUGCAAACACUGCCUAAUUCCUUGCUUUCUGAUGAACUCUAAAUUUGUUCUGUGUUCCAUGGUGCAUUUUUAUGAUGCAAAAUGCAUCAUGAGGUGUUCUUCACUUGGAUAAAUUGCAACACCUCUGUAUUUGUCAAAAGAGACAUGCACAGCCCUAAGGUGGAUAUAUCUGGUUUGAUCAACUGAAGAAAGCAACCUGGACUUUUUCUCAAAGAAUAUGUCAGAAUGUCACAAUGAUCCCAUCUAGCAACAGCACAAUCCCUUCGUUACUUCUAAAUGUGAGCACCUUCUUGAAUCAAGACUCCCAAACAAAAGGACUUCCCAGUGAUGAUCCAUGGUUUACUAGCAAAAUAUGGGGGCUGCAAUCUUCCCAGGCAAACGAGAGCUUUUCCUUCCCUACCACAAACCCGACCAAUGGGUCCAAUCCUCCCGAUCCUCUGGGAGGACAUGCUGUCUGGCAAGUUAUCCUGAUUGUUUUCCUCACUGGCAUUCUGGCCCUUGUCACCAUCAUUGGAAACAUCUUGGUGAUUGUGGCGUUUAAAGUCAACAAACAGCUAAAAACGGUUAACAACUACUUUUUGUUGAGUCUUGCGUGCGCAGACCUGAUAAUUGGGAUUAUUUCCAUGAACCUUUUCACCACAUAUAUAAUCAUGGACCGCUGGGCUUUGGGAAACUUGGCCUGUGAUGUAUGGCUUUCCAUUGACUAUGUGGCAAGCAAUGCUUCUGUCAUGAAUCUGCUGGUCAUCAGUUUUGACAGAUAUUUUUCCAUCACAAGGCCACUUACCUAUAGAGCUAAACGAACAACCAGAAGGGCUGCAGUGAUGAUUGGCUUAGCUUGGAUCAUCUCAUUCAUCCUUUGGGCUCCUGCUAUUCUGUUCUGGCAAUAUUUUGUUGGGGAGCGGACUGUCGAAGAGGGUAAAUGUUAUAUUCAGUUCCUAAAUCAACCUGUCCUCACUAUUGGCACUGCCAUAGCUGCCUUUUAUUUGCCAGUUACUAUUAUGUGUAUCUUGUAUUGGAGGAUAUACAAGGAGACAGAGAAACGUACCAAAGAGUUAGCAGGACUCCAAGCUUCUGGGAGCGAGGGUGAGGCAGCAUGCUUUGUCAACCAAACAGGAAGUUCUAGAAGCUGCAGCAGUUAUGAACUGCAGCAGCAGAACACAAAACAUACCAAACGAAGAAAAUAUGGGGGCUGCAACUUCUGGAUGACAUCCAAGAGCUGGAAACCCAGUUCAGAUCAGGUUGAUCAGGAGCAUAGCAGCAGCGACAGCUGGAACAACAAUGAUGGCAAUGGAUCCCUUGAGAACUCCGCCUCUUCUGAUGAAGAUGACAUUGCCUCGGACACGCGAGCCAUCUACUCCAUUGUGCUAAAGCUUCCAGGACAUAGUACAAUUCUCAAUUCUUCAAAACUGCCUUCAUCAGAAGAUCUGCCUGGGUCAGAAGAUGAACUGCAGAAGUUGGACACAGAGUCAAAGGAGCAGAAACCACAAAGGCUUCAUCCACAAAAGAGCACGGAUGAUGAGAAUUUAAAGAAAUGCUUUCCCAAGCUUCCAGUUCAGCAAGCAUCUGCAGUAUAUGGAGGAAAGGCUUCAGACGGCAUUUCCACAGGGAUGAAGGCAUCUAAUGCCUUACCUUUGUCAUUCAAGGAAGCCACCCUGGCCAAGAAGUUCGCCUUGAAGACAAGAAGUCAGAUCACCAAACGAAAGCGAAUAUCACUUAUCAAAGAAAAGAAAGCUGCACAGACACUUAGUGCCAUUUUGCUUGCCUUCAUUAUCACAUGGACCCCAUAUAAUAUCAUGGUCCUGGUAAACACUUUUUGUGACUGUAUCCCAAAAACAAUUUGGAACCUGGGGUAUUGGCUUUGCUACAUCAAUAGUACAGUGAACCCUAUGUGCUAUGCACUGUGUAAUAAAACUUUCAGAACCACAUUCAAGAUGUUACUGCUCUGUCAGUGUGACAAACGUAAACGACGCAGGCAACAAUAUCAGCAGAGACCAUCAGUCAUUUUUCAGAAGCGGAUUCCACGGGAAACUUCAUAGAAUAGUAUUUUUUAACCACAAUAAUAAACAUUAAAGGGAGGGUGGUUGCUGGAGCCAACUACAUAUCUUCAAAGAUGUGAAAGUAGCAGCCUGAUGUAUGUAUCCUUUUAAUACUUCCUGUAUACUGUAACAGUUGAAGAAACAUAAAGCAAAAACAAAUUACAAAUAUAUUUAUUAAAGAACAAUCAGAUACCUGAAAAUUUAUCUACACAAUUCCAAAAAGCUGCAUACUAAACUAUGAGUGAUCUAUUCAGUCCUGCACUUGUUAAUUCAUUCUGGGAUCUCAGGAGAGCACAGACAUAGCUAGCCCACUCCCAAUAUGUUUUUUUCUGAUAAAUCUGGUAGGAUCCAAUUGGACUGAUCUAUUUCAAAAUGUGGGUAUAUGUGUGUUCCGAAUACUGUACAGAUGUCCCAAACAUUUUAGAGCUUCCCAUCUUCUCCUUUUGUGGGUGUAAUGUCAAUUUGUUGACUCGGUUUAUUAAAUAACCUGUGCAGGAACAUCCCAUGCACUCAGCACUUGCUGUCUGUUUACAGGAAAGGUGAGGUCUUGUCUUUCUCAGCAGUAAUUACCAUCACUAUGACAUGUGAGCAGCACAAGGGGCCUUGAAAACAGUUUUUCAGAACUCAUUUAUAUUGUAUUGAUUUGGGCAAUCUUAAAAUUGCAACUCCACAAAAUAAUUUUAUGUACAACAGUGAAGAAUUUCCAAAGGGUGCAUGUUAUUCCUAUACAUUCAAGCAGAAGGACUGAGUAUGUAUAUUUUUCAAGUAGAGAUAUCCUUUAAACAUUAAAAUGUUCUUCAAACUGGAGAAGUGCGGCCACAAGUAGAAGGCAGAAUCCUUACGAGAAGUUCAUCUUCAUGAGAAACUGGGUACAGGCUUUACUUCUGCUUUAAAUAUGAGGGUUUCAGAGGAACUCAGAUUUUUAGUGCAGUAUCCAGUGUAGCCCUGGGAAUCUCUUAAGUUGUAGAAAAGCUGGAGCGGAAAGUCUCAUCCUUUCGAUAAAUUUCGCAGAGGGGAGGGAGGGAGACAGAGAGAAAGAGAAAGCCCCAGAAAGAGGCUUAAGAACAGUGUCAGCAAAAAGUCAGGUCCGUGUUUAUCCUGUGUUUUUGUUGAAGUGUAAAACAAGGACAAAGAAUCUAUGGAAUAAGCACAUUACUUCUUCCCAGCUGUCUGCAUCAGGCAUGCUCCCAAGGAGAAUGCACCAGAGUCUUGUCUCUAUUUUCUGUACAUUGAAAGGCAUUUUAGACAUGGGAUAAAUAACUGUAUUUUUUUAAAAUAACGAAAUGGCACUUUCAAUAAUGCUUGUCGAUUUUGAAAGCUUCUGUUGUUAUUAUUAUUAUUAUUAUUAUUAUUGCUGUUUUUGUUCCAAACAGUAGUGGAAAUUUCCAGUUUGUGCAGUACAAUGUCCCAAGUGAAUGUAAGUUGUUUGCAAAUUCAAAUAGCUAAGCACCUUCUCAGAAAGACAAAAAAAGGGCUGUAAAGUAGCUGAGACACAAGCAGUGAUCCCUCUUAUUUAUCAAUUCAGUCAGUUCAGCAGAGCUUGGACAUGAUCCCCCCCUCCCUCCCUACUCUUAGCAACUCCGAUUGGUUCAUUCAGGGCUGUGUGCAGAGGAAAUGUUCCAGAGGAGUCUAUGCCUCUGCUGUGCUUCGUAAAAGUCAAGACAUGCCAGAGGAAAGGACUGUACUUUAAACAAUUAUUCCAGAUAGGAUUUAUUCACAUUUUUUAAAAAGCAAUUUUGUAUAUUACAUUUUCAAUCAACCGAGAGUUUUACGGGGCUUCUCCCCACUUUUUUUUUUCAUUUUUGAUCUGACACUCAGAUCUGACAAUUAAAAGUAAUAAUAAAACAACUUUCUUUAUGAAAAGAGGAAUCAGUGUUGUUGAACACGGAACUGGUAUAAAAGCUGCUUUUGUAUUCAGUGUGAGAUGGUGUUUACAGGUGAUUUUGACAACAGUGGAAGUAUAUUAAAUAGUGUCUAUGUAUCUGAGCUAUUUAAUUUUGUGAUCUAUUAAUAUGAAGAAAUAUUUAUAUACAUAAAAAUGCCACCGAAAUGUUUUAUUUAAAUGUUGAUAAAUAUUGCUCUUUGGUCUUCAACUGUAAUGUCCUUUUCAAGCAGAUCAUAAAAGUGUUCUUGAAACAUGAACACAGUUUCCAAGUUUGUGUAUCACAGAUUGUGGUAGGUUACAUUUAUGCACAUUGAAAAAAUUCUUGAUGGGCAACA